GUGAUGUCACCGCUGAAAMACACAACCGCGGCGCAGCUUAUUAUGAAAUCCAAAAUGGAGGAGACACUGGAACUUUUGAUAGAUCGYGCUACGGAUCAGUCAAAAACUCACGAGUCUUCUGACCAUUUUGUGUCUGUAUGGGACCGUGUUAAUAAGGAUACCGAUGGAUCAGCGAUAGCAUUACGAUAUCUGACUCAGAAAGUUCGCAGUGUGAACGAAAGGGAAUCUCUUUGUGCCUUGGAGUUAAUUGAAGCAUGUGUUAAAAACUGUGGUGCUCGGUUCCAUCAGGAAAUUGGMAAAUUUAAAUUCCUGAAUGAGCUUAUAAAGAUGCUUUCUGCAAAGUAUGACGGAGGCUGGACAUCUCCUGCUGUAAAGAAACGAAUCAUUGAAUURAUAUACAGCUGGACCAAAGGCUUACCCAAAGAAACAAAGAUACAAGAGGCUUAUAAGAUGCUAAAAACACAGGGUGUCAUCACUAGUGAUCCUGUAGAUCCUUAUCAAGCAACUUAUCCCAAGGAAAUGCAGAGACCUUCCAAAAAUACAAUUUUUGAUGAUGAUGAGAAAUCAAAGGAUGAACUGAAAAUUGAAAAGAAGGCAAAGAGGAAUAUGGACAUAGAAAGAUGUUGUAACAAUGCAAGAUUACUGAUUGAAAUGUUGGGAUAUUACCAGCCUUCRUCACCAUCACAAGACAAGGAACUGAUGAAAGAGCUUUACCUUUCGUGUGAGAAAAUGAGGCCUUCAUUAUUUAGACUUGCAAGUGCUGCAACUGAAGAAGGUGAUGAGGGAUUAGCUGAAAUUCUCAAAGCAAAUGAUGAACUAACAAGAGCAAUAGAAGAAUACAGGAAAAAGAUUGGACCAGAAAAACAGACCACAGCUGAGCAAAGCACAGACCAGUCAACAGCACAGCCAAUGACAGAAAACACAGGACAGMCUAUGGCAGUACAACCAUCAUCUCAAGACUUAGCAACAAAUGAAGGUGSAUCUUCUUUGAUUGAUCUUGGUCAUGAUGAAAACAGACAAUCUGGWGAUGCUGGAAAUACAUCUGUACUUGAUGAUGAGCUAAGAGCACUAGGAAUACAUGACUCACCACAAACUGUAAAUUCUCAAGCAACACCAACUCCAUUAWCAAAUAUUUCAUCAUUAUCUUGGGGGGGUCAACCACAGUCGUUUAGUCCACCAACACAAAGCAACAUUGGUAUGGUAAGACCAAUGGSCAUCCCUCAGCCUGGAGGCAUGGUAACUAGUGGCUAUCCUUCACACCCUAUGAAUCAGCCACUUGGUAUGCGAAUGCCGCARAUGGGGGUGUCACCUAGACCUGGUAUGCAGCCAAUGCAAGGUAUGGGUAUGUUUCCAAACAGAGGAAUGACGCCGGCAGCCACACCCCCAAGAGGCCCCRCCCCAGCCAACAAGAGAGGGCAAGAAGCACUGAAGGCCCCUACAUCAUCACUGGAUUUAUUGGGACAAGACUUCUUACAAAAUCAAAAACAACAACAAAAACAAAAACAAUCUGUUUCACCAUUAAUUCAGACAACAGCAGAGGCAUCUCCAACAGAGGGCACAUUAUUAUCACUAGCAACAAACAACCAACCAGAAGAACAAACUAAUCAACCAUCACAAAGCUCAAAUACCAAGGAUGAAUUGCUUUCCCUUGAURCUGACAUUGCUGCUCCACCAUUAACAAGAGUCUCAACAGAUCCUGARCCACUUGACAAUGUAUUUGUACCUUUGGAUACUGUAAUACCAGGUGAUCACCAACCACUCACUGUUCUGGACAGAAAAGGCAUCAAGAUGGUAUUUCAUUUUGCAAAGACUACAGCUAAUCUGUCAAGAUCAGAUGUCAGAAUUGUUGUUAUUUCAAUCAUGAGUACAUUAAAAACUGCUGUCAAGAAYGUUGUUCUUCAAGCGGCUGUCCCCAAGAGUAUGCGAGUUAAGUUGCAGCCUCCUUCAGGAGCAGAUCUUCCACCACAUAACCCUAUACUACCAUCAGCAGCUAUAACACAAGUCAUGUUGAUUGCAAACCCUAAUAAGGAAAUUAUUCGUCUUAAGUUCCGUGCAACAUUUGAAGUUGAAGGAUCUACUGAAGUUGAAGCUGGAGAAGUGGAUUCCUUCCCUCCUUUAUGAAAUUUCAUCAAAAAUUUUAGAAAAUUCAACCAAAUUUUAUGUCUGCAAGAAAAUUCUUCAAUGUUAUUUAGUAAACUUAGUAUCUCAUUACUAUUUUCAUGUGUUUUAAGUCUCUCUUAAUUGUCUUUGAUCAAAAAUCAAUUAUUGCGGCACAUUUUCAAUAUAAAUACAAAUUUUUUGAACAUUAAGCUUAAUUAGUCAUAAACUCGCUAGACAAUCCAUUUUGAGUUAAAUGCAUGUAUUAUUAUGAAURACAUAUAUAUGUGCUCAAGAUAUUAUAAAAUAAUCUCAAGGGUCUUUUCAGUAAGAUAGGUUCAGAAAGACUUGAUGUUCUAAGGGGCAUGUAAGUGUACAACCAUAAAACUACAGUAGUUAGACAAUAGGUUUCAGUGGCGUCACAUGGAAUAUCCUACAAAUGACUAUUAUUAUAACUUGAAAAAUAUAAGUUGGAUAUCCAAUGUAUGCUGUGAGAAGUUACUGUUUAACUUUUGAGAAAAUUGUGAAGAAAAUGCUCAAAGAGUAAUAAUAAACAUUCAUGUCUUAUUAAAAUUGUUACUUUAAUUGUU